GGUGUCCUUAACCCGUGACGUCACUGGCCCGUACAGUAACACACGUGUGCGCGUGUGUGUGUAAGUGGCGGUGACUCAAUCAUUCGCGUGACCCCUUUUAUUAUUAAACUUUGAGCUAACUUUAGUUUACUUGUGAUUGGUUACGGGGGUGACCCCCGGGUUCAGCCAGCAGCCGCCGGUUAAUUUUUUUUUAAAACAUUUCCUUUUCCCGGUGAGGUAAGAGAACCCCGAGUUCGAUUCCACGCUCUCCCCGACCCCCCCGCCGCCCCGUUCGAGAGAGCGAUCAGCCGAGCCGGUCCCGGGCCUGGUUCGACUUCCAAGCCGCCGUCGGCCGCCAGGAGAAGUUGCCAUGUGCCAGGCGAAUGAAGAUGACAAGGAUGUGGAUCCGCCGCGCGUUGGGAAGCCAAGUAUGGGCACCGUCUGCAUGAAGUGUAAGGAGCGCAGGGCGUCCAUGCUGAUCCGGGUCAACGACCCCUUCUGCAGGGAAUGCUUCCGCGAGUAUUUUGUGCACAAGUUCCGCGCCGUCCUGGGAAAGCGCAAAGUCAUCGAGCCCGGGGAGAAGGUGUUGGUGGCCGUUUCAGGAGGAGCGUCGUCAUGCACUCUGCUCGCUCAAGUGCAGCUGGGUCUGAGUCGCGAGUCUCACAAGCGGCUCAAGUUCAUUCCUGGACUGGUGCACGUGGACGAGGGAGCCGCGUGUGGGGAGACUGUGGAGGAGCGCGUCGCGGCAAACGCACGGAUCGAGGAGAUCUUCAAGCAGAGCGGCUUCCCCUACUACAUCGUGCCCCUAGAACAGGCGUUGCGUUUGGGAAGCAGUGGAGAAUGCAGUGCAAUGGAAAGUGGCAGACAGAGAUUUGGGCAGGGUGCUGGGCUGGGAGCUGGGCUGGAAGCUGACGGGCAGGGUGAUGGGCUGGGAGCUGGGCAGGAUGUUGAUCAGAAAGCUGACGGGCUGGGAGCUGGUCAGGAAGCUGAUGGGCUGGGAGCUGGGCUGGGAGCUGACGGGCAGGGCGUGGGGGCGAGUGUGGAGGAGACGGAGUCGCUGUGUGGGAUGUUCCGGGCGACGCGGACGCUCACGGCCAGGGAGGAUCUCCUCUUCUCGCUCCGUCUGCGCUUGCUGGUGUGGUUGUGCCGCCGCCGUGGCUACGCCAAGGCGAUGCUGGGGGAGUCGUGCACCCGCGUGGCCGUCAGGAUCCUCGCGGCACUCGCACUGGGGCGCGGCGCCGGCCUCGCGCAGGACACGGGUUUCUGCGACGACCGUUUUGGCGACGUGCUCUUCCUGCGUCCCAUGCGGGAGCUCUCGGCCAAGGAGGUGGCGCUGUACGUCCACGCGUUCGGCGUGCGCACCGCGUGGAGGCCCGCACUCGGCACGCGGGCCGGCAGUCAGGCGAGCAUCACGAGCUUGACGGAGGCGUUUGUGACGGAACUUCAGGCGGAAUUCCCAUCAACCGUCUCCACCAUCUACAGAACCGGGGAGAAGAUCGGAACGGACGACGCGUCUCGGGCGGCGGAGAAGUGCGCUCUGUGCUCGGCCUUCCUCGACACGGACGCAGUGCCGGCUUCGGCUUUGCAAGCAGCCCUCCUGUCGGAGAAGCUGUCGGGCAAACACCGCGCCGACCCCCCCCCGCCGUGCGAUGAUGCGGCCCAGUGCAGCUCCGGGCAGGGGGCUUGUUGCCGUGACAGCGGAGCGGACCGUUGCGUUAACGGGGAGUCUCUCACACAAGCUCUGUGUUAUGGGUGUCGGCUGACUGUGAACGACAUGGACGAGGCGAAGCUCCUGCCGCCGUUCGUUUUGGCUGAAGCGGAGCAGCGAGAGAAGAGGCGUCUCCUUAAGGCACAGAUCCAGGAGUUUUUGCUGGAAGAUGACGAUGGUGGCGCUGAUGAGGACGAGACCCUGUGAUCCAUCUCACAGAGACCCCCGUGAUGUCAAUGAUGAGCUACGAAGGCUGGGGGGCGCGGGGGGGGGGGGGGGUUGCCCCAGAUAAACAUCGACACAGAUGUUUAUUUUUAUCAUCAGUACGCAUGUUUACCCAGAGUGUCACAGAGGGAGGGUCCUGCAUUAGGUCGGGGCUGUGAUUUUGUCGCUGUUUGUAAUCUGAUUUGAGUAGUAUGCAACGGCUUUGGGAUGUUUUGGUUGAUAGCGGUUACGUUGCGUGGUUCAUUUUAACUAUGCGAGGAAACCCGUUUGGAGCAGCGGGAGGGAGAGAGUAGUACGCACAACUCCCCCGUGUCGCCUGUCACAGACUGUCGGGGCAAGUGCUGUUAGCGAGCAUCAAUGAAGGCCGGAACGGCACACGAGGGGGUGGGUGGCCAGCACCACGCCCGGCCGCCUUUGUCUCCCCAGUGGCGAUGUUUACACAUGGCAACGGGUACUCAUUUGAGGAUGAGACGACCUAAGGGAGGCCUAGGACCGGUUCAGAUAAUCGUUCACUGAUGUUGGCCGUGAGCGGGAAUCGAACUCGGAAUCGCCGGGUUCGUAGCGUGGCGUGCUAACCGCUGCACUACUGCUAUUCUGCACAUACACACUCACUCGCUCACACU